AUGGAGGUACUGAAUCUAAUCAUAGAGAGGAAUAUUAAGGAAAAGGGAGGGUUCAACUAUCAUUGGGGAUGUGAUGGGCUGAAAAUAAGUCAUGUCUGUUUUGCGGACGACCUUAUGUUGUUUUCUCAGGCGGAUGAAUGUUCUGUGAGAAUUCUGAAAGAGUCGUUAGAAGAUUUUAGUGGAGUUUCGGGGCUUAUUCCAAAUCUGAACAAGAGUACUAUUUAUUUUGGAAAUGUUAACAACCAUUUGCAGCAUCUGAUCAAAGGCCUGCUUCCGUUUAAAGUUGGAGUGUUACCUGUAAGAUACUUGGGGAUCCCGUUAUUGUCUAAGAGGCUAUACUCUAAAGACUGCUCUGUGUUGAUUGAUAAAGUACGAAAGAAGCUAAAUGAUUGGAAAAACAAGUUCUUGUCUUUUGAUGGAAGGCUGCAGUUGAUAAGACACUUCAAUCUGUAUGACAUAUGGUGCCCCCUUAGUCCAUUGUGUUCGUUUAUAACUGUAAGAGACAUUCAUAGACCAGGCUUGACUACUAGGAGUACUGUUAAUGAGAUUGUUGUGAAUGGAGGUUGGAGUUGGCCUGUUGAAUGGCAGAAUAAAUUUCCAAGUUUGUUUAACCUGAAUGUUCCAAGUCUGGUGGAUGGAAAGAGGGAUGUUCUUAUGUGGAAGUCUAGGGAAGAAAAGCACAUGCCUUUUUGUACUUCUGAGGUUUAUAAAGAUCUCUGUGUUCAUAGACAAAGUGUUCAGUGGGCUAAAGUUAUGUGGUUCUCUCAAUCUAUUCCUAGGCAUGCAUUCAUUUUGUGGUUGGCCUAUCAAGUAAGAUUACUAACACAGGAUAGGUUGGAUAGAUGGGAGGUUAGGAGUGAUUUAUUGUGUCCUUUUUGUCAACUACAGAUGGAUAGUCAUUAUCAUCUGUUUUUUGAAUGUGAUUAUCCUAGUGAAGUGUGGGAUUGUUUGAAAGGGUUGGGUAUGCUGAAUGAUGCUCCUCCUAACAGGAAGGGAUGUGUUGAUUUCUUGGCUAAACAACAUAUGGGAAGAUCUUUUAGAAGUAUAAUUCAAAGGUUGGUUCUUGCUGCUAUGUUCUAUUUUAUAUGGCAAGAACGAAAUCUUAGACUUUUUCAAGAUAAAUAUAGAACAGUGGAAGAGUUGUGCAAAGUUAUCGAGAAAUUAUGA